AUGUCUUGUGCAAUCGUUCUUUAUGCCGGUUUCCUAAUCGCUGGCUGGGUUAUCAUUGGACCAUACAGUAUGAAAUUCCGAACAUUGGCUGAAUCAUCUGAAGCGCUAUUUUCACUUUUAAAUGGAGAUGAUAUGUUUGCCACUUUUUAUACGAUUAAUGAUUCGAAUACGGUUAUUAAGGUAACGGUUUUCUUCAAGGAUUUUUGAAGUUUCAAAAAAAGUUUUUUCAGAUUUUUGGAACAAUUUAUAUUUACAUGUUUGUUUCGCUGUUCAUUUAUGUGGUUUUGUCACUUUUUAUUGCCAUUAUUAUGGAUGCUUAUGAAGUUGUUAAGGUAAGGGUUUUUGAGGGGAGGGGGAGAGUUAUGACGUGGCAAGAUUUUGAGAUUUUUAGCAUAUAACUUGGGAAUAAAAAAAAUAACAUAGGAAAAAACACCAAAUUUUCAAAAAGGUUUUUAAAAACUUUCAAAAAUUCGAUUAAAUUGAUGAAUUUUGGAUAAAUCAAUUUUUCAGGAUCGAUAUUCGGACGGUCUUCGUGUUUCGGAACAAACUGGUGGUCUCAAAGAUUUUGUGAAUCUUCUUCCGCCGCCAACUGAAUUAUCAUCACCAACAACUCAAGCAGCUUAUGCACCAUCAAAUCUUUUGAAUUUGGGUCGGUGCGUGCUUGUUAAACACUUUGGGUUUUUUGGUUUUGGUUUUGAUUUUGUGUUGUGGAGCACGAAAAAUAACUGUGUUGUGUGUCUGAUACUAACUCGGAAAAUUUGGGUAGAAAUUGCGGAAUUUUUCAACCUAAUUCAUAUUUUCCAAUAACACUAACAAAUUUCGAGCAUGUUUAACACACUAAAAAACUAUCUUGCUCAAUUUUGCAUGUUCCAUUUUUCACAUUAUUUUUUUGUUUUUAUUUCAGCGGCUGGCAACGACUCGAGUAGAGCUCUUCAAGCACUUAAUGCUAUCGAUAAUGCAAGAGAUUGGUUUAGUGAUUUGCGGAAUGGUACGAGGUAUGACAUAUUAUUUUCUCUUACUUUAAUAGGUUACCUAAGGAUACCUUAACCUUAACCCAAAAUUGGAACUGUUUGAUCGAAACUCAUUUUGAAUAUGAGUUAUGACUUAGAAAAGUUUGACAAUGUCAAAAAUCCUUCAAGAAUAAUUCUGGAAAAAAUCUGAAGUUGAAGUUUUUUAGUCAAACAGUUCCCUCUGAUAAUAUUACCUUUAACUUUACCUAAUCCAAUCCCUAUCUUAGGUUCCAAUCGUUUUCCAAUCCACUAAACGAUUCAUCUUUCGAUAUUUCUUCGCCUUCUUUUCCUCCUUCUGCUGGACAGCAAAAUGUAUAA